CUGCACACACUUGGAUGUAGACCUCAGCCUUCACAGGACUCUUCAUUGCUGGUCAGCAAUGUAUCGGCCAGAUGUGGCGAGGGCUAGGAAAAGAGUUUGUUGGGAGCCCUGGGUUAUCGGCCUUGUCAUCUUCAUAUCCCUGAUUGUCCUGGCAGUGUGCAUUGGACUCAUUGUUCAUUAUGUGAGAUAUAAUCAAAGGAAGACCUACAAUUACUAUAGCACAUUGUCAUUUACAACUGACAAACUAUAUGCUGAGUUUGGCAGAGAGGCUUCUAACAAUUUUACAGAAAUGAGCCAGAGACUUGAAUUAAUGGUGAAAAAUGCAUUUUAUAAAACUCCAUUAAGGGGAGAAUUUGUCAAGUCUCAGGUUAUCAAGUUCAGUCAACAGAAUCAUGGAGUGUUGGCUCAUAUGCUGUUGAUUUGUAGAUUUCGCUCUACUGAGGAUCCUGAAACUGUAAAUAAAAUUGUUCAACGUGUCUUACAUGAAAAGCUGCAAGGUGCUGCAGGACCUCCUAAAGUAGAUCCUGCAUCAGUUAAAAUUAGAAAAAUCAACAAGACAGAAACAGACAGCUAUCUGAACCAUUGCUGUGGAACACGAAGAAGUAAAUAUCCAGGUCAGAGUCUUAGAAUCGUUGGUGGCACAGAAGUAGAAGAGGGUGAAUGGCCCUGGCAAGCUAGCCUGCAGUGGGAUGGGAGCCACCGCUGUGGAGCAACCUUAAUUAAUGCCACAUGGCUUGUGAGUGCUGCUCACUGCUUUACAACAUAUAAGGACCCUGCCCGAUGGACUGCUUCCUUUGGAGUAACAAUAAACCCUUCAAAAAUAAAACGUGGUCUCCGCAGAAUAAUUGUCCAUGAAAAAUAUAAACACUCAACACAUGACUAUGAUAUUUCACUUGCAGAGCUUUCUAGACCUGUUCCCUAUACAAAUGCAGUACAUAGAGUUUGUCUCCCUGAUGCAUCGUAUGAGUUUCAACCAGGUGAUGCAGUGUUUGUGACAGGAUUUGGAGCACUGCAAAAUGAUGGCAUCAGUCAAAAUCAUCUUCGACAAGCACAGGUGACUAUCAUAGACACUGCAACUUGCAAUGAACCUCAAGCUUACAAUGGCGCCAUAACUCCUAGAAUGUUAUGUGCUGGCUCCUUAAAAGGAAAAAGAGAUGCAUGCCAGGGUGACUCUGGAGGACCACUGGUCAGUUCGGAUGCUAGAGAUAUCUGGUAUCUUGCUGGAAUAGUGAGUUGGGGAGAUGAAUGUGCGAAACCCAAUAAGCCUGGUGUUUAUACCAGAGUUACUGCCCUGCGGGACUGGAUUACUUCCAAAACUGGUAUCUAAGAGAGUAAAGCCUAAUGGAACAGAUCCAUUUUUUUUUUUUUUGGGAUGUAGAGGUCAUUUUUAGAGAUACAGAAUUGGAGAAGAAGACUUGCAAAUCAACUAGAUUUGACUGAUCUCACUCACUAAACUGUUUGCCUGCUACAUAUGUUUUCUUCCCAACUCUGUUCCACACAUAAGCAUCCUGGUUCUGCCAGAUCAACUCUGUGAUCCUCUGAGCAAUAGUUCAAACUUUAUGCACAUAGAGAAAUAGAUAAUACAAUCUUACAUUACAGCCUGCAUUCAUUUGUUCUUUAGAAGUUUUGUCAUCAGAGUUUUGACUUGUUGACAUAAAUUUCUCCUGCAUAUAUACAAUUUGAAGCACUGUUUUUCUUCAGUUCCUCAAUUCCUCUCAUUUCAGUAAAUAUCCAUUUUCAAGGCACAGAGCAAGGAGUGAAAGAAAAUAUAAGAAGAAAAAAAAUCCCCUACAAUUUAUUGGCACAGAAAAAUAUUAGUUGUUUUUCUUUUUCUUAGUGGAAUAUGGGAAAUGAUCAUAUUCAUUAUGAAAAGUCAAGCAAAGAAAUGCAGCAGAAUAUCAAUCAAUUCAUCAUUUAAGAAGUGUGGGAACUAAGUUAAGGAAAUCCAGAAAGAAGCCAAGAUAUAUCUUUAUUUUCAUUUCCAAACAGCUACUAUGAUAAAUGUGAAGAAGACUGUUUUCUUGUGAUCUACAAUAAUGAUACAAACUCCAUGCAAUGUACUUGUUCUAAGGAAGUUAAAGCAAAUAUUUAUUUAACAAUGUGUUACUGAGGAUGUCAAUAUUUAGUAAUAAAAUGUAAAUCACCCAUUUGCUUGAUAUUAUAUGAUAACCCACAAAGAAGGAGAAGAUGGGAAGAUGGGAAAAAUAUUACUAGCCAAUUUAUUGUAUAUUAUUUUAAAAUUUGAGACUAGGAUGAAAGUUAAUUUAAUAACAGCAUGCCUAUGUAGUAAAAUAAUUGUGUUGUGGAAUGGGAGGAAUGGGAGAGAAUGAAAAAUUUAAACAAUUGACUGAAAAGGAAUUAUCCAUUGAAGACUUUCCCAAACAGCAGAUUCUUGAAGGGAAUGAGAUCCAGGUCUUAAUGUAUAGCCUAGUGAUGCAACUAAACUGGGGCUCAGACCUCCAUUUAGAGAUGAUUGCAGAUAUUCUUCUUCCUUUCCUGCUAUGUUUACAAUUCAUGCACAGCUAAUGUUCCUGUUAGACUGAUUUGGACUGAGAUGGAGAGAUAUCAUGAGAAAAUAUCCUGGAAGCUACCUCACUGCUUCAUCUAGUGUGACAUUGAAUUGCUAACUGUCUGGAUACAAAAACUGAAGAGUAAAAGCAUAAUAUUGGCCACUUUUGUGAUUUUAGUUUUGGUAAGUUAUUACUGAGCUGUUAGAGACACAGCUUUCAGUAAUCUAAGUCACAACAAAGUUAGGACUGGUAUCAUGACAUAUGACAUGUUAGUGGUGAGAUUUCUUCAAGUCUUUCUCAUUGCACACAGCUGCUCAUAUAAAUUUUAUGUUGUACCAUAAUCACCUUGAAAAUCAAUAUUAGUGGGAAAAAUUUGACUUUAUUGACCUGAAUAACAUUGGAGUAUGAACUGAUAACAUUUAGGUACUUGGCAAGAAUACGAAAACUGACCUGAAUUGAUAGUGUUAAACAUUUUGCAUAAACUAUUUUUGUUUCAUUGAACAAAAUGCUCUGAAGAAAAACAAAAUCGAGGAAAACCUUGAAUUUUAAUCAAGGAUACAAGUAUGUUUAAAACUACUCUCAGUAUUCUGUGAAAAAUGAAUUCCCCUUGUUUCAGUGUAUUCUGUAGUUGAGCCUCUAGGUGGCACCCACAAGCUGUGGGAAACUAUAGGGAAGCCGGACAGACGAUUCAAGAAUGUGUAGAUGGUUAAAUAAUAAUGAGAACUGUACCUGAGUUUAGAGUCUUGCAAAACCAAAAGAAUACAAUUUAGCUUGGCAAAUGGCGUUUAAAAAUUGAAUCGUGUUGAUUUACAUUAUUAUUACUAUUUUUCAAAUUUCUGGAGAUUGAAUUCCAAACUAAAACAAAAUUUAUGAUGCAUGAUUUGAGGAACCGUCUCUGGAAACACACCUGGAGCAUGCUAACGACAGCCACCUAGCUCCCUCCCUACCCCCGUUCCCAGUCUCUAAUCCCUGGCAACCACUAAUCUGUUCUCUAUCUGUAUAAU